CCUGGCUCAGGACCUUCCCCUCAUGGGACCACACUUGGGGAAAUACAGUCGGGCUCCCCCACAGCCCGCAUCCUUCCUUCCCAGCUAGAAGAGCGGGCUCCCUUCCUCGUGGCUGUCCAGCCCCUCUCAGGGUCAUAGAAACAGUGAAUGGGCAGAAGUGCUAAGAGGUCUGCCUGCUGCAUCCUGCGAACCACGGCCUAGAGUUCUAGAAUAAAUUUGUGGCGAGGUCGGAAGACUCAGCGUCCUGGGUUUCCCCCCAUCCCCAUCAUGGCCUUGAGGGGACUCGGGUCACCAGCUGAGUCAGUGUUUAAAGAUAGCGGCUUGUUCUCCUCCAGGGUGUCAGGAGGCUGUGCCCAUGCUCACCUGAUUGAGAGAUGGGGGGUGGGCAGGCUGUGGCUGGGCCGGACAGCGUUCUUGUUGAAGCCCAGCUAUCUGAGAGCCUCGCUAGUAUUGGCUUCACCGGGGGAGACAGCUGCUGAGGGAGGACCUGGCAUCUCCGAGGCUCGUGUGACAGGAUGGCUGGCAGGACCCAGCAUGUCUCAGGAGGCGAGUCGUGAGACACACUAGGCUCACCACAUCCUAGGAUGGGCCUGUUCAGCCCUGGAGCCCCGGGCCUUCUCCUUCUUCUUCAGCUGCAUUUGCUGAGGAUGGAGAGAGAGUCCUUGUUGGUCAGAGGAGGCCGUGAGCCCCGGCUAAGGGACCAGAGAGUGAUGGCACCAGGGAAGGGCCUUAGCGGGUGUCUGGGACACUGAACAAUGGCAGCAGGUGAGGGAGACCCACACAGAUACGCUGCCUGCUUCGUGGAUAGCGUCCACUCACAAAAGCUAAGCAACACAAAAGAAAAGUUUCAAUUAUUUUCCUUACUUACAAAAGCACUGUUUAUUGACAAAUGAGGAGAAACAAAGACUGAUGGAUUAAGAUGACAAACUCCACAUUCCAGUGGGGCGAGCAGACAAGGAGACAGUGGGAGAGAGCGGUGCAUGGGGGCGGGGUGCUGGGAUCGAUGGACCUGGGCUGGGCUGAGUGGGGACACCUGCCAUGGAGGCAGGCGGGGCUUGCGGGCAGAGUGUGGGGCUGGCUUCUAGAAUGCCCCAAGGCCUUCCCACCCUCCGCUUCUGUCCUCUGUACCAGCUGUGCAGGUCCUCCCUCCAGCUGUGCAGGUCCUCCCCCAGCUGUGCAGGUCCUCCCUCCAGCUGUGCAGAUCCUCCCCCACAGCUGUGCAGGUCCUCCCCCACAGCUGUGCAGGUCCUCUCUCCAGCUGUGCAGGUCCUCCCUCCAGCUGUGCAGAUCCUCCCUCCAGCUGUGCAGGUCCUCCCUCCAGCUGUGCAGGUCCUCCCUCCAGCUGUGCAGGUCCUCUCUCCAGCUGUGCAGGUCCUCUCUCCAGCUGUGCAGGUCCUCCCUCCAGCUGUGCAGGUCCUCUCUCCAGCUGUGCAGGUCCUCUCCCCAGCUGUGCAGAUCCUCCCCUCCAGCUGUGCAGGCCCUCCCUCCAGCUGUGCAGGUCCUCCCUCCAGCUGUGCAGGUCCUCUGUUCCAGCUGUGCAAGUCCUUCCCUCCAGCUGUGCAGAUCCUCCCCCACAGCUGUGCAGGCCCUCUCUCCAGCUGUGCAGGUCCUCUGUUCCAGCUGUGCAAGUCCUUCCCUCCAGCUGUGCAGAUCCUCCCCCACAGCUGUGCAGGCCCUCUCUCCAGCUGUGCAGGUCCCCCCCCAGCUGUGCAGGUCUCCAGAGCCCAGCAGGAUGAGGCAGCUGUCGUGGCGUCAGGGUGGUGACCCAGGGAAAUCCAGGCCCCCCCACAUCUCUUCCUGCACCCCAGCGUGUUGCUCCCCACCUCGGGGGCCUCCCAGUAUCUGUAGCUACAGCGAACAGUGCAGGCUGUCUGGGCGCUGGGCUCCCGUCUUUGGCUUUAGCUCCUCCCAGCUCAUCUGUGGUGAUCCACACAGUAGGAAAGUUAGUCCAUUAACCGGCGCCUCAUGUCAACCGCGCCGGAGCCCACGUGUGUUCCUGGUGCGGCCUCAGAAGCCGAGGGACGAGAAGACGCGGCCCUUUAGCUUCGGAUACCCUCCUUCUCUUAGGGUGAGAGUCCAGGCUGGCCUCCAGCUCCCCACCAAGCCCCUGCCGCAGCCUCUCAAGCUGGAAUUGCGCCCAUGCACCACCACGCCCUGUUCCCCUUUUAAGUGGAGCAGCAGAUUAUUUAGUUUGCUGUCCUGUGGUUGUUUGUGCUGGGAAUGGAACCUCCGUCGGGUCCCACAGCUGCCCCCAGCCCCUGGCUGCUGUUGUAAAACGCAUUAGUGAACCGGCCGAGCGCGCCCUCUGGUGGUACAAACGCACCCGCCGUUUUAUUCUGUGAUCCGGACGGCCGCGUGGGGGCCUGUCGUUGGGCGGGAAAGAAGGGGAAUUUACUUUGCGAUGCUAAUUUUUAGACAGAGCACAGAGGCUCACGCAGGAGCAGACCCACGCUGCCGGUGGCUCCCAGCGGAGAGGGAGGGCUCCCAGUCUCUUGUGUGACGCUAGGAACAGGAGGGCCCACGAGGGCUCGCUGUGGUGACUUUCAGCAUCGAGGCCCAGGACGGUGCCCCACCCCACCCUAGACCGAGAUUUUAGCAAUCCUCCUGCCUCUGCAUCCUUAGCCCUGGGUUUUCAGGUGUACGGAUGCUUUUCACCUUUGCCUGUGCACCCUGUGUGUGCCCGGUACCCACAAAGGUCAGAAGGGGGCAUUGGAUUCCCCGGAACUGCAUUUACAGGCGGUUGUGAGCCACUCUAUGGGUGCUGGGAACGGAACCCACGUCGUCUGCAGAGCACCAGGUGUUCCUAGCAGCUGAACCACCUCUCCAGCCCCUAAUGAAUUCAUUAUUUAACUUAUGCAAAGUGGUGAAUUUUAUUUGGCAUUUCCACACAUCCUGUCCACACCUUUUGCUUGUUUGUUUGUUAUUGUUUGUUGAGACAGGGUUUCUCUCUGUAGCCCUGGCUGUCCUGGACUCACUUUGUAGACCAGGCUGGCCUUGAACUCACAGAGAUCUGCCUGCCUCUUCCUCCCCGAGCGCUGGGACCGCAGGCGUGCGCCCCUUUGCCCCGCUCCAGUCCUUUUAAGACUGAAUCUUCCCAUAGGGGGGCUUAAAGAUGAAACAGCGCAUUAACCUUUAGGUAAAGAAGUUUCCCUUUAUAUCUUUAUGGAUCUAUGUCUGCAUUCUCAGCGCACAGGACAGGAAGCAGGUCAGCGCAGGAAGAGUCAAGACGUCGGUGCGGGAGGGACGGCACCUUGCUAGGGGAAGGGAAGGCUCCCAGAGAAGGACAUCUGACUGUGUCUAAGAUGGCCAGCUCAGGCAGGCGCCCCCACAGAUACAGGGGUCACAGAGGUGUCCGCAUGUCUCCCAAGGCCCCACCCUACCCUGUAGCUCGACUUCUGUGCCGGUGAGGUUCCCCAUGUCCCCAAGCAAAGUGUCACCCUGCUCAGGCCCCUUCUCCUCAGUGACCUUCCCCUCAGUGUCCCAGCCCUUCACAGGGGCUGGCCGCCCACAGCGGGAAGUCCCUUUAUGUCCUGUGAACCUCACCUGACACCACUGUGAGAAAACCAAGGCCCAGGGAGAUGCUGGAAGAGGAAGAUUCGCUGUGUGUGUGUGUGUGUGUGUGUGUAUACAUUUUGCUAUUGGACACAGGACUCGGGCCCUGCUCUCCCGGGGCUGGCGUUCCGACGGUUGUGAGCCACUGUGAGCUCUGGUCUGAAGCCGACGGUGUUCCUUCACCCGGCUUCUGCCCGGCUCCAUAACAACUCCCUUUUGAAUGUGUGGCCGUGUCAGUCCCAUGCCGGAAGGACUAACGAACCGGCCUCCGGCUUAGGCCUUCAGUUGUGGGAAAACCACCAGAACGAAGGGGCAUCUAUUAGUCAGGGACGCACAGAUGUCCUCAGUGGCCGGCUGCACACAUCGUUGGCUCCCUGGUCCUCCGCACCCUGCCAAUUCCCCACCUUGUCGGAAAAAAUGAGCUCACCCGGCACUGACCAGUUAGGACCCGCCGCCUGCCGCCCUCCUGCACACAGGGCUGUGACGAGCUUGCCCUUUGUCUCAGCCUACAGUUUGGCUGCUGAAGCCAGGCCCCUGGCUGCCAGUUUCUCUUUCUGCUCCCAGGGUGUCCUCCGUGUCUGGUUUGGGAAACUC